UGCUAUGCAUGAAAGAACAAAAUUCAGAAAGUAUGGAACGUCAAAAACAGUGAAUUUUUGUUCAGUAAUUCGACGUCGAGUGAUUUUGUGAUCAUUUAGUUUAUUUAUAUCUUGAAUAUGUGUUUAUAUUAUUGAUAAUAGCGAUGUAUUCAUUUGAGGGAGACUUUAGGCGUAAGCCACAACAGAACCUGGCUGGAGCGAGUGCUCAACGCAAAACGGACAGGGAUUCUCUCAUCCAACAAUUGCAAUCGCAGAGACAGAAGAGAGAGGAGCACCGGAAAAGGUUAAACAGUACAAUAAAAAUCCAAGCAUAUGUAAGAAGUUACCUAACUAGAAAACAUUGCAAGCAAACAGAAAGAGACUUGUUCGACAGUUUAUAUCAAAAUGUUAGUGAAGACAGUCAGCAUGUGAUCUCAAAGCUGGUGGCUAAAUUGUUAUUUUUUUAUGAUGCCCAAAAAGAUUUACCUAGACUGGUAUCUACAUCACAGUUACUGUUGAAGCAAUGGAAACAAAUAUUUCAGAAUGCCAGUAUAUGCAUCCAAAUUAGGAGGUUACUGGCAUUGCAUUUAAAAUUAUUGAACGAUAAUACUGAGAUCCCCUUAGCAGUGCCUCUAAGAAUGUUUGAAGUUUUCACAUCUGUAUCCUCUGCGGAGGCAUCCAUGAAAUGUGAUGAAGCAAUUAGAUUUGUUACUAAUACUUUCUUGUAUUUAAUUAAACGAGGCUACUUCAAGGACCUUUGCAAUUUGAUGUGCCAGAAAUCACCACCGCUGUACGGACCCUCGCCAAAUCCACCAACACCAUUAUGUGGCGCUCUUUUAGACCUCAUACAAAGGCCAUUAUAUUUAAUCACGCAUGUGAAUAUACCACAUUAUGAGGACACAGUUAUGACAGGAUUUGCAUCUGCCUUCCUGUGUAAUCCAUACCCAGAACCUGUAGAAAUGUUUAUGCUGCCAGCUCUCGCGCAGAAUACUCACAAAUUCCCAUUCUUGUCACUUUUAAACUGUUUACAAGACGAAAAUAAGUUCAAUAAUAAAAUAUUAAUAAAUGACUCAUGGUUACUGCAUUCCGUUUUGAGCUUGGAACCUCCUGAUUUUGUUAACGACCUACGCAACAUGUAUAAUACGAAAUUGGUAAACAAUCCUGCACUGUUAGAAUACUUAAAAAUAAUAGCCAAAUUAACAGUGAAUGUUUGUAACAAACAAAUCACAUAUGAAUUUGAAGACAGUCUGUAUAGCCAAGAAACUGCAGCCGAUAAGGACGAUGACAGUGAUAGUGAAACGGAACCGAAUCCCACAUCUGUUCGGGAGCAGACCUUGCUUACACGAUGUAUUGAGUUGUUGAAUGAGCCUGAUCGUUGUGUGAUGGUGACCAUAUCACAGAUAACUGAGACAGACUUGAGUGAAGAGUUUUUGGAAUGCAUGACGGAAAUAUGCCACAAUUUGUUGCUGAGUCACCGGAUGGCGUUACAUAAAUAUAGAGUGCUGUACACGCUGGCGUUCAAGCCGCAGUUCGUGCGCGGCGCGUGGCGCUGGCUGUGCGCGCUGUCGCACGUGUCGUCGCUGGGGGGCGCCACGCCGCUGCUGGCGGCGCUGUCGCGGGCGCUGGGCGGCGCAGGCGCAGACGCGGCGACGCUCGGCGUGCACCGCCUGCUCGCGCCGCUCGCCGUCUUCUGCGCGCUCUUCUCGCUGCUCAUAGGCACGCUGCAUGAUACUGAGUUCUGCCGGGACGAUGACGACGGGGAGAAAAUGUCUCCGUCGUGCAGCGGAGGACGAGUCCACGCUUUUGAUUUCUCAGAGUUGGGUGGCCUGUGUCGGACUCUGCGACAAGUUUGUCUCGGACUAGUAGAACUCGCGUACCCAGAGACGCGGCCCGCAGUCGUGGGACAGUACAAGGACGCCGUUGGUCACACUGACAUGGAGCUAGAGGCUAAAAACAGGACACCGGCAUGGUCGCAUCUGUUUAAGGUGUGCACGGCGCUGCUGCGUGCGCUGUACGUGCGCGACGCGCGGCUGCAGUUCUGCGGCGCGCAGGCGCAGUGGGGCGACGCCACCGCGCCGCACGCCGCGCCCGACGGCGCCGCCGCGCUGCUCGCCGCCGCGCACUCGCGCCACCGCCACCGCCACCGCCACUACCCGCCGCAGCUCUCCGCCGUGCUCUCGCCGGAAGAUGGUCCACCGUUAACAAUCAAAGAGUUAAGAACCGUCACGAUUCUUAGGGAAAUACCAUUCGUCGUGCCAUUUUCGACCCGAGUUUUAAUAUUCCAAGGAUUGUUAGCUAGAGAAAAGAACGACCACUGGUAUGAAAUGACAAAUUUCAAUGAAGGCCCUUCGAUAAAUAUCAGCGUGCGUCGCACACACUUGUAUGAAGACGCGUUUGAUAAACUCAGCCCUGAUAAUGAACCUGAUAUGAAAUUGAAACUUCGCGUGCAACUGAUUAACCAAGCGGGUCUAGAAGAGGACGGCAUCGACGGCGGUGGUCUAUUUAGGGAAUUUCUAUCAGAAUUAUUGAAAUCAGCCUUCGAUCCAAAUAGAGGAUUGUUUCGAUUAACAAAAGACAACAUGCUGUAUCCAAACCCUGCUGUACAUUUGUUAUACGACGAUUUUCUGAUGCACUAUUUUUUCGUUGGAAGAAUGUUGGGAAAGGCACUAUACGACAAUCUUCUAGUAGAGCUGCCUCUAGCGGAUUUCUUCCUCGCUAAGUUAUGUUCGUCCCGGGAGCCUGACGUGCAUGCGCUUGCGUCGCUAGAUCCGGGGCUGUAUCGAGGACUAUUGAUGUUGAAAUCCCACCGACGGCAAGAUGUACCGGACUUGGGGCUCGACUUUACUAUCUUGAGCGACGACCUUGGCGAACAAAGGAUAGAGGAGUUAAAACCCGGCGGAACUAACAUUCCUGUAACGGCUGAAAAUAGGAUAGAGUAUAUUCAUCUUGUUGCAGAUUACAAAUUAAACAGGCAAAUAAGAUCGCAGUGCAACGCGUUCAAGCGCGGCCUUACAUCGGUUGUCAAUGGCGAGUGGCUGCGGAUGUUCUCGUGUCGGGAGCUGCAACUGCUUAUAUCUGGCGCUGAGGUGCCCAUCGACCUGGAAGAUCUUAGGCGGCACACAUCGUACGCGGGUGGUUUCUCGGACACGCACGCGACGGUGCAGCGCUUCUGGAAGGUGGUGGAGAGCUUCACGGACGACCAGCGGCGGCAACUGUUGAAAUUCGUCACCAGCUGCUCCAGACCACCGUUAUUAGGUUUUAAGGACCUGCACCCGCCGUUCUGCGUGCAGUCAGCCGGCGCUUCUGACCGGUUACCUUCGUCCUCCACCUGCAUGAACCUGCUGAAGCUGCCCGAGUUCCACACCGAGGAGCAGCUCGCCGAGAAACUGCUCUACGCCAUACAGGCCGGCGCAGGAUUCGAACUCAGCUAGAGUUAUACUGUGAUGAAAGGAAGGUUUUAUGUAGUUCAAUAUGUGAGUGGAUCUACAGUUUUUUUCUAAACUAUGAUGUUAAUUGUAUCAUGUAUCUCAUUGUGAUAAUAGAGUGUUAGAUGUUUUAGCAUUUUUAAUUGUAUUUAUAGACGAACAAUAAAAUGUUAAACUUCGCAGAUAGCUAAUGCGGCUCACUCAAACUGUCUUAUACAAAUUACUACAGAUCUAUUAAUAUUGAUGUUGUUAGGAUUUCUUAAAAUAAUGUUUAUUUUUAUUCGUGACAUUUUUGUCUUUGUUCCUCUAACAUCAAGAUGGAUGUAAAAACUUUAAUGAUUUGAGGAAUACGUAGAUAGUUUUUAGAUUAGUCCAAGCCAUUAUCAUAGAUGUCGCCCGGGAAAGUACACAGUUCGAAUUUGUGUUGUGUUCAUGUUAACCCUGUAUUGACAUAAAAUUAUGGAUAGUUAAAAAAAUUAUAAUUCAGAGUUUUAAUUCUACCGACUGCCUAUUUCCUUUCGUACCAGAGGCAGGCGUGUGUGUUUUUACUCCGAUUUAUUUUAUAAACACAAAAUGUACUGUAAAUAUAUUUUUACAUGGAAUUCGAAUUGUCAACGUGUAGCAUAUCGUGGCUCUACUCAUACGUUAAUUUAUUAUUCUAUCAAAAUACAUAUUUAAUCCAAAAAAUAAAUUGCUCUUUAGAUUUAUUUAGGUUUAACUGGUUUCUGGCUGAAUUGUUAACGCGGUUUAAUUGUAAUGUAAAUAAGAAAAAAUUUCGAAUUUAUAUAGAUGUUCUAUAUAAUGAGGGAGUGAAAAAGAUGUAUUAUUUUGUACGGAAUUCAUUGAAAGGGCAGUGCGCGCCCGCGAGCGUGUGCGUGUGCAUGUGUGUGUGCGUGUGUGUGCGCAUGCGCGGCCGGCACGUGCGCGCGUGCGCGUGCGGGCGGUAUGUACAAUGGUAAUCUAGUUGUGUCAAAUUAGGGAUUUUAUAUUUUAGUACCUACUUAAUAAAGUUAUGAACACAAACA